AAAGCGCAGCCAUGAUUGGGCGGUGAGCUGCCGGCGGGGGCGGAGCCGGCAGCGGGCUGUGGGGGCGACAAGAUGGCGGCGGAGACCGUGGAGCUCCACAAGUUGAAGUUGGCCGAGCUGAAGCAGGAGUGCCUCGCCCGCGGGCUGGAGGCGAAGGGCAACAAGCAGGAUCUGAUCAACAGGCUGCAGGCCUACCUGGAGGAGCACGCUGAAGAAGAAGCAAACGAAGAGGAUGUUCUGGGAGAAGAAAUAGAGGAAGAAGAGCAGAAACCAGCAGAGCCACCCACCAAAGUAGAAGAGCCUCCUGUAAAAUCGCCUGAUGUGAGCACGGAAAAGAAAGUAGUGAAAAUAACAUCAGAAAUCUCACAGAUGGAGAGAAUGCAGAAGAGGGCUGAGCGCUUCAACGUGCCCGUGAGCCUGGAGAGCAAGAAGGCAGCGCGUGCGGCUCGGUUUGGUUUGGCCACAGUUUCGACAAAAGGCCUCUCUGCAGACAGCAAACCUACGGUAAACAUGGAUAAAUUAAAGGAAAGGGCUCAGAGGUUUGGUUUGAAUGUCUCUUCGCUCUCCAAGAAGGUAAGGUGCAUUGGCCUCCAGGACACACUUUGCACCUCCAGAGGAGCCCAGGGCUCAUAGCACACAGUUCAAAGCCUCCUCGCUGCUGGAGCUUUUACGUCGUGUUAUUAAUGCAGCAGUGUGGGCUCCGGGCCCCGGGAGACUCAUGUCAACAUCAUUUCCUUCAUCUUUCCCUCUGUUUGUUUUGUGUGAGGCUUAAUAGGGUUUGGAGAAAGUUGUGACGGGUGAAUAGAGGUGUUGAAUUUUAAGGUUAUCAGUCUGGUUUGGACAUGGGAAGGGAGGCUGCGUGGCAGGCUGUGUAAUUUGGUUUGUUUUCGGGUAUUUCUGUGUAAGUGCACAUUUGUGACUGGUCUGUAAAGAGCCGAGGUAAUGAGCUCUCUGAAGAGCUCCCUGGUAACUCUUUGAAGUACAAAUGAAGUGAAUUUUGGAGCGGGAUAAAUUCGGUCUCCAAGCUUUGGAGAAAUACCCCCAAGCUUCUGAGCGUGGUCUCCCUCCAGUCCUGGUGUGUAGCAGCUGAUUUCAUUGAUACCUUUGUGUGCUGGGCAGGGAAUGGGACGGGGGGCUGUGGGGCAGGCAGCAGGGCACGCUGGGGACACACGUGGCUGUGAUCAUUCCCUGACGAGCCAGGAAAAGGUGAAUGCAGCACGUUUGGGUAAAACAGGAGGAAGGAUAAAUAUGUGCAGUGAGAUGAGAAUGGCAUCCUGUGUGCUUCCUGAAUGCAAACGGCCCCGUUCCUCUUCUGGCUGUUAACAGCCCUCGUGCUGCAGCGCUGCUCAGAAAUAGUGGGGAAUGAAAACGAAUUGUCCAGUGAUAACAGCUGGGUGAUGUUGGCAUGGAGACUUCUCCUCUCAAUCUGGAAAGGGUAAGAGCUCGGGGAGGUUGAUCUUCCUUCAUCCCUGCGAAAUGAGCCCCUCUCCUCCUCGGGGGGAUGGAUUUGACCUUUUUUGCUGCCUGUUUCUCUAUGUAUGAGCGUUCCGCUUUAUUCCACCAGCCCUGGGAAUUCACUGAUGUAGAAAAUAUCUGGCAUUGG